UGUACAUGUGCAUGUUCACAUGCAUAUAACCACGCUUCUCUACCCGUUCCGGGCACUUUUGUAUUUGAAAUCAACAUCUGACAGAACAGACGAUUUUACAAAUUUGUUAAAUUUUUGAAAUUUUGCUUCUGGAAAUUAAUUCUCUUAACUCUGCACAUUAUAUUAUUUAUCUAUAUACUGCAUGGAGCAUUACAAUAAUUUAUCUCACAAUCUCGAACAGAAUUACUCAUCAUGUCUCCUACAAGGGAGUUCAACAAGCUCAGUCCCAUGUUUUAUGACGGCAUCAUCACCAGUUCCAUUCUCCGCAAUUUCUGGGGAACUAUCAAUUCCACCCAUUUCCCAGGGUGCUGAAGGCACUGCUGUUUCACUGACAAGAAACAAAUUCCAAAUAAGUAACCAAUCCAAAGAGGCAAAUUGCAAGUUUAAGUGUCGUCGAUGUGCGAAACGAUUUCAAACCAAGGGUGGACUGACGCUACAUUACAGAGAACAUGAGCCAGAAUUGUUCUUAAUACGGUGUCCUGAUUGCCCAUUCUUCACCUACCAAAGGUCCAACUUUUCCAAGCAUGCCGCAAUCAAGCAUAAAAAAGAUAUAAAUGGCUUAACAAUCUCUGAAGAUGUGCAAUGUCCCAUCUGCCCCUUCAAAUGCUUCACUGACGAACAGCUCAAGUUGCAUUUAGCAAGAAAACAUACAAGUCCUGAGGAUAAGCCUUUCAAGUGCUUGGAAUGUAGCUACGCUUCAGUGGAGAAAGCUGCUUUGGAGAAACAUGUAUCAAUUGUUCACAAAAAAGAACGAGAGUACGACUGUAAUAUUUGUGGAUUUAGAUCGCAAACUUCUAGCGGUCUAGCAAGACAUCACCGAUCACAUUCCGAGGUUAAGCCACAUCAGUGCCAUUUGUGCGAGAAGAGUUACGCUGACAAGAAACGGCUGAAGGAUCACAUUUUAAAACAUUCAGACAUUAAGCAAUUUACGUGUUCUCACUGUCCAUAUGCAACCAAUAGGAAGGAUAAUUUGAAAAUGCAUCAUAAGAGAAAUCAUAUGUCCCCUUGAUAUUUAAAAUUGGUUCAUUCAGUUAGACAAGACUCAGUCAUUCAUAAGUUAUACAUAAACAAUUUAAUGAAUAUAUUUGUAAAAAUUAAACAAAGCGUGGAUUUUUGGCCAACACAUGUAAAAACGGAUCUAUAGAAUUAUAGUACCCAAUCGACAUAUGUAAUAGGUUGAUAUCUAUCUAUGUACAUUGUUCAUCGCCAUUCAUACUUAUGUACAUUGAUGUUAUAGACACAUUGAGUAAAUCUAUUAUUUAAUGCUGCA